UUAUGUUAAAAAAUUCUUAUAUUUUUAUACUGCUUUCAUGCAAAGCAAUUAAAACACAUUUCGUACUGUACACAUUAACACUUAUUUCAUAAUCUGACUUCACAUAACUUAGAAAACUUAAGUAAUGAUUAAAUCGCAGAACAUUUGGGCAGACCAUCAGUAUUCAGCAACUUUCUACCAUCAUCACUAAAUUAUAGAAAACAAACGAGUAAAGCCACGUGUUACCAAUGUUUAUCAGAUAAACGUCUCUCUUUGUAUCCCUCUUAGUCCUUGGUGCGUCUUCAAAUCAAUUCAUCUACAGCAAUCAACCUGUCACCCGGCAAUUGGGCAAUUUAGCAAUCAGCAGGUGGGGCGCGUCCUGUCGCCGGCACAAGAUACCCGAGCCCAGGACACGAAUAUGCUCUAAGCGUCGACACCAGCCAUCACCAUGAUAUUCUAUUUGCUUAUGGCUGUGAUAGGUUACCGAAUUUUGGUGUCGACGUAUUUACCCGCUCCAAUUGCUGCAGAGGAAGAAGUAAUGAAGAACCUGACAACAGUGACCUGGGCCCACGCAGUUAACAAUAAGACCUAUCUAGAAGCUGCUCUAGCUAGCGAUGUCUCCAUGCUAGAAGCAGAUAUAGUCCUAGGUCACAUUACUGGUAAGGAUGGACCUGCGAUCCCUGUCAUGGCGCACCCACCGGCUACCACUUCGGACCUAACUCUGGGCGACUUCCUGACCGCAGUAGCACAGUACAACAACGGCAACCCGAAACAGAAAGGCGUCAAGCUCGAUUUCAAGAGUAUUGAAGCGUUCGAGAAAUCACAGGAUCAAAUUGCACAGUUCAGUAAGCCAGAGAUUUCCUUCCCCUUAUGGCUGAACGCAGACAUCUUACCGGGUCCAGUGAACGCUACCACCACCCCUGUAGAUUCCUUAAAGUUCCUAACCCUGGGGGCGAAGCACCCGCGCGCCGUGCUCUCCGUGGGCUGGACAACCAACUACGGCGGGAACAUCACCGAAGGAGAGUACAGUCGGGAUCAGAUCGGCACCAUGCUGCGUCUCGUCAACGAACACGUCAACCAGACAGUCACAUUUCCGCAAACGAGCUACAGGUCACCUGAAUCUACCGAAAUGGAAAGCGACCGCUGCCCAUAA